CCAGAUUAGAAUGGAGCAAAGAAAAAAAAAAAAACUCGCCUCGUAUGCAAAUGAAGGAGGCAGGCUCUACGUUCCCAUUGGUUCUGGGGAAGUGCAUGCACCCUACCUCCCGUUAGUAUAAAUACUUGCCUUGCUUCUCCCUUAGCUUCAUUCCUCUGAGCUGUUCCUCAGAAGGUACUCGUAUCUUUUCAAGAAAUCAUGUCCGGACGCGGGAAACAAGGAGGCAAGGCGCGCGCCAAGGCCAAGACGCGGUCGUCGCGGGCCGGGCUGCAGUUCCCCGUGGGCCGCGUGCACCGCCUGCUCCGCAAGGGCAACUACGCGGAGCGGGUCGGGGCGGGCGCGCCCGUGUACCUGGCGGCCGUGCUGGAGUACCUGACGGCCGAGAUCCUGGAGCUGGCGGGCAACGCGGCCCGCGACAACAAGAAGACGCGCAUCAUCCCGCGCCACCUGCAGCUGGCCAUCCGCAACGACGAGGAGCUCAACAAGCUGCUGGGCAAGGUGACCAUCGCGCAGGGCGGCGUGCUGCCCAACAUCCAGGCCGUGCUGCUGCCCAAGAAGACCGAGAGCCACCACAAGGCCAAGGGCAAGUAAGGAGCAAAGC